AUUGUGAAUGGCAUUUCUGACCUGAACACAUUGUACCAAAAAUCAAAACGUUAGACAAUUCAAUCCCGUUGUCCAGCUUCCAUGUGGCGUAUCUGGGUAUUCAUCUGGGCAUCUUUUUUCGCUGCAGUCACAGCAGCAGACAGACACCUGCUAUCCUGCAAACUAUUACUGUAAGACUGGAUAUGAGGGCAACUAAAUGUUGAAUUCAACAAAAAAGCUGCUGUUUUAUCUGCAAGUCUGGGAAACUGACAUUUGUUUCACUGUCAUCAUGAAGCCAGAUUUCUUCCACUCCACUCUAUUUUCGUCUCAUUUUUUUCAUAAUUUCUUUCUUUUAUCGUUAUUGAUUUAAACACUUUACUUUUGGCUUAUUGGUGCAGUUGGUUGCUUAGUUGUAAAUAAAUAAAUAACGAACUGUAGAAAAUUGCCAUGUUGAGGUAAGAAGCAGUACCAACAGCACUUCAGUGCGCAAUCUCAGAUGCUGUGUGUACAACAAGUACGACGUGUGGCGGGAAAGUUCGGACGAGUUCAAUUACACCUUUAUAGGGGUGGGGGUGGAUAUGUUUUAAAAAUGGGUUUUAAUUUCGUUUUUUUUCAGCUUUUUGGCACACUGACCCACUUUGCUGCGUUCAUAAAAUGGAAGCCAUGUAGACUAUACUAUAUACAUUAUACAGUUAAAAAAUGUUACCGGCCCAGUUGGGCCUGUGGUUAAUGUUGAACCCUGGGCUCUCGAGUUGCUGUAGCUAAAAGGGCACUGCGGCCGUAAUAGCUAUGAAUAGACACACAAUUUGAGGGGCAUUGUGGCAAUUGAAAAGGGCAUCCAUGGCAAUACCUUUAUGGCCGAUGUUAAUUUCGAGACCUGCAUUAGUAUUUAGCUAUAUUGAAAAGAAGUAAGUCUGUAUUUGCUUCAGGUGGAACAGCAAAAGCAGCGGAAUUAACUGGUUAUGUUCAACAAGCACACUAACAAGUAGAAAUCUUUGGCUUUAGAAUGCAACUCAAGAAACUAAGACAAAUUUUGCCAAGAUUUCAUUCUGCUUCUCUAAAUGAAGAGCCCAACACCAUGGAUAGGGACUCUAGAAGUGCUAAUAAUAAACUUGUGAACAAAACUAAAACUGUGAACGGACAGGAUUGUAAUGAAAAAAUACCUGAUUGUGACAGAGAAAUGUUAACUAUUUCUAUAAAAUGCAAACAAACAGAGGAUGUUUCAUCAAAAUAUCCAGAAGGAAUACCCAUGUUUCUUUGCAGCAAGUGUGGGUUUUAUUCCGAGGAUAUGGAGCACACAGAUAUGCAUCCAGUUUGCCAUGAAGAUAAUUCGUUAGCAAAUAUGGAAAACCAAGUGGACAAAAAAAAACCUCAUUACUGUGAGGAACACUUUGAAAAACAGACAAAGUCAGAAAAAUAUCAGUGCGACAAAUGCCGUUUUUUUUCAAGAGACAUCACACAGUUUAAGAAGCAUGUGUUGCAGCAUGAUGAGAUUAAGUUUACAUGUUCAUAUUGUAAUCAUAUCUCGUAUACAAAGGGUGAAUCUCAGCGCCAUUUGGUACAACAUACUGGAAAGUUCCCCUAUAGAUGUGAGUUCUGUGACUACGGAGCAGUAAGAAACGAUUAUAUUGUUAAGCAUACUCAAAGAGUUCAUUGUAAACGGAAGGAAUGUACUGAUGAUUCAGCAGUCAAAAAUACCGACGGAUCACCAGUGAAACGGGCAAUCCUGGAGGCGAAAAGUAUCUCUCAGCAAGAGAGUUGGACUGGUAAUAAUACUUUCUCUUCGCCCACUGAUAAAACCUGUAUUUAUAACACAGAAGUGAAUGCUACUGCAGUCGUACAAGGCACUACAAUGGGUGCAGCUAAAAAUAUAGUCAGCCCAAACACAAAUAAACAGAUAUGUAACUCCACGGGUGUGUGCUCUAGUAAAGUUCAAGUGGAGCUUCUAACGCCAUUGAAUGGGCCUAUGCAGCCUGGCACAGCCUUGACCACUGUUGCCCCCUCUCAGUUUGUUGUUCCUCCAGGCUGCUUUGCACAGGUGUUGGAAGUAAAAACAGAAAAUGGAACACAGCAGUUGGUGUUAAAGUUAAUUCCACAAGAUGCCUCUGGUGUUGAGGUAUUAGAGAACACCACUGCAUGUAGCAGUGAGAUAUACGGCAAGCAGCAAGAAUUAUCAUAUCAUGGUUUGUCACCAUUUGAUCAAUCUAAAACAGUAGUCAGCUCCAAGAUCAGAAAUUCAAUAUCCGAUGAAUUUGAAACUGCCCAGUCACACCAGGAAAAUAUGUGUUCCUCGCUUUCUGAAAAUGCAGGUUCAUCUGGCUUCAUCAAUGCUGCUGACCUGGUAAACAGAGAACAGUUAUUUUUACCACCUACUAAGGGAAGUGAUGUUUUUCAAGUUGCAGCCUCCCCAGAACCAAGAAACAUUCACAGUGCUGGUACUCUACGUUGCCCUUCUAAAGCUGAUCUCUGUGUAGAAAGAAAUGCACCGCAGAAAGAAUGUAUACCAUUAAAUGCACCUCUUUUUAAAAAUGGUAUUAAUGAAAAACCAGAAGAGGACUGUGCUGAUGAAUCAUUUGAGACCGUUAAUUGGCCUAUAAUUUCAUCAGUAUUUUCACUUUGUUGUGAGACUGAAGAUUUUCUUGGUGGCAUCAGAUGGGAUGGAAAUCUGGAAAGUAUUUGUGAUGGUAGAGGUACAAACGAUUCUGUCAUCCUUGCAAGUGCUGAAAAGCAUAACAAGUUUGACUUUGACAAAACUGUGAUACCAGAGCAGAAAGAAAAAGGUGAUUGCAGUGCAACAGUAAAUAUUGAAGUAAAGGCAACUAAGAUUGCUGGAUCGGCCAAAAGUAAUGCUGGUUCACCAAAUAGACCAACCAUUUCGUCAUACACUGAAUCAAAACCCACAGAAGAAACACCUGUCACCUCUGCAGUUCCAUCUAAAAAUGCAAGUCAAAGCCUUCAUCCGAUGUCUGAUGAUAUUUCAGUGCAUUCCCCAGAAGCUUCUACAACAGAAUUCUCAAAACCUCAGAAGUUAACUCCUACAGAAUUGAUCCCAAAUAAUGAAAGUGAAGCUGCUCAAAUUAAACAACCUCUUGUUGCCUAUUCAAAUUCAACAGAAAGCAAAAUCGUUGACAACAUCAGUGGAAAUGUACCAGUGUUGGGUAACCAAGCAAACAUUUUUGGAGGGGACAUAAAUUCUUUAGUCAUUCAAAAAGAAGAAAACAGUUCUACAGAGAAUCAUACAAUUAAGCAACAUUUAACUGGUCUUCAGUCAACCAGCAUUGCAGGUUAUUGUGAUGGAAGUAGCAAAAUUGGUGUACAGUAUGAAAACAAGGCUCAUGAAAAACUACUCCCUUGUGCAAAAAAUGACACUUCAAAGCAACUGUCAAUUGACACUGGAUUAGAUGUGCCCCAACAGUUAAUUCUGUCAACAUCACCUGACAUGGUUGCUUUGAACUGUGGAAUAGACAGAAGUACCAUUAAUGCAGAAAAGGUCUACAACCGUCGCAGAAAGUUGAGAAGUUUUCUCGAGUCCCCACCAGUAUUCAUCCCACAAGGCACUGUGCUAAAGGUGCUAAACUCCAAUGAACAGUUACAAUCAGAGACUGCUGUAAUAAAUACUAGAAAGGUCUUUGAGAACUCCGAACUAUUACUUACACCUAGGCCAGUUCCAUUCAGCAGUUUGGAAAUCAGAAACAUUGUCUUACCACCUGAAAACCAAGAAACAAAUAUGUGUGCUGAACAUUGGUCAAAGAAAAAAAUAACCACGACAUCCAUGAAAAGGAAAAGGGCACAAGAAGACAAUGAAAACAUAGAAGAGAGGUUGGAGGUAGCCAAGCGGUUAACUCUGACUUUAAGUUGCAAAAACGGGCCCUGGCAUAAGGCAAGAAAACACAAAAAGAAAAAAAGAAAAACAGAUGGCACUGAUCCCAAAUGUAAUACAUUUUAUGCAUUGAAAAAAGCUACCAGACUUAGACUGAUUCCAUUAAGAAAUGACCAGCUAAUUAAAUGUCCCCUUCACAAUCAGCCUGUCAUUGUUCUGAACCAUCCUGAGGUUGAUACUACUGAAGUGACAAACAUUAUGCAUACCAUUAACAAAUACAAAGGAAAUGUGCUUAAAGUUGCUCUAUCCGAAAGAACCAAAGUUUCUCUGCAUUUAAAGAAGCAAAUUAUGAAACAAUCAGAAGCACAAUGUCAACUUACAGGCCCUGUGGAAGAACGUCAAUUACUGAAAAUGAAGAUAAAAAAAAUUCAAGAUAAUUAUCAAGUUGUGGGCAUUGUUCCAGGACUGUCUCAUCCAUGAGUUUGUCGACCAUGCAGAAUGGCUAACACACGGGCAAAGACAUUUAAUUGUGGCGGCCAAGGACUGGAAUUUUAAUUAAAAUCCACCUUUAGCACAAAAUAUGUUUUGUUUUGUUUUUUCCCCAGAGAUUUCACCCAGUCUGAUUUUUUUAUUUAUUUAUUUUUAUUUUAGAGGAACAAGUUACAUAAUAUUUUUAUUUUCAUAGUUUCAUGCCUUCACAUGGACACUCUCAAGAUGCAUGUUUUUAGUGUAGCCAUUUUAAAAUGGUGUGUAGUUUGUCAUUUUCACCUUGCAAACUGUAAAAUGUUAGUUAUGCUAAUUUAGAGCUGUUUGACUGCUUCAGAAAAGUAUUGAGACCAAAUGAACUGCAAGAAGGCCUAGUUUCAAAAUUUCACUACACUUAUUUUUCUAUGCUUCAGUAUUGUCACCUUUUAUGGUAUCUAGAUAUUACAUCUAACACGAUUAGAUUAAUCCAGAUGACUUGCACUUUUAAAUAUUUGGUGUUAAAAAAAAAAAGAUGUUUGAGUUGCUUUUCAGGGCUUGUAUUAUGUAUGUUUAAAUGUACUUCUGGGUUCUGGGACAAACACUAUCACCUGUGCUCCCACCUGGAACCUGGGGUAAUAUGUGUUAUACUUACUGCUUAUAUAUUGAAUGCAUUUAUAUAGGGACUCAUAAUAAAGUGUUAUUCAGACAGAC